GUAGAAAAUAGAAGAAAAAGGAAGAUAUAUUGUGGCUUGUCAAUUAUUUAUCACCAUAAUCUCAAAAAGCACGGGCUGAGUAAAUCUAUCGCUUCUACAAAAGUAUUCAAGAUCGAACAUUCCUCGUCUUAAAUCCUCGCAGAUCUGAGCCGUCUUUCUGAAUCCAUCUUACAUUUCUAGUGACAGUUUGAAUCUAUCGCUCCUUUGUUAGAUCGGUGAUGGAUUUCAUGAAGGUCUUCGAUCAGACGGUCCGCGAAAUAAAGAGGGAAGUUAAUCUAAAGGUAUUGAAGGUUCCGGAGAUCGAGCAGAAGGUACUUGAUGCUACAGAUGAUGAACCAUGGGGUCCUCAUGGCACUGUAUUGGCUGAAAUAGCACAGGCCACAAAGAAAUUCUCUGAAUUCCAGAUGGUUAUGAAUGUGCUUUGGACAAGAUUGGGCGAGACUGGAAAGGACUGGCGCUAUGUUUACAAGGCAUUGACUGUUAUUGAGUAUUUGAUUUCUCAUGGAUCUGAACGUGCGGUUGAUGACAUAAUAGAGCAUACUUUCCAGAUCUCUUCCCUCACAAGUUUUGAAUAUGUUGAGCCAAGUGGGAAAGAUAUGGGAAUCAAUGUCCGAAAGAAAGCGGAAACUAUAGUGGGACUUUUGAGUAAUAAAGAGAAGAUACAAGAAGCUAGGAACAAAGCUGCCGCAAACUGUGACAAGUAUGUUGGACUGUCAUCUAGUGGCAUAACAUAUAAGUCCGGUGCAUCCUCAUAUAGUAGUGGUGGCUUCCAUGGUGGCGGUGAUAGGUAUGGAGGCCUAAGUAGCAGAAGAGAAAGUGACAGCUAUAGAGACAGUUAUAAAGAAAGCAACAGAUACGGAGAAGAAAAGUCUGAUACAGACACCUAUGUGAAGAGGCAUCAAGGGACUGCAAGUGAGAACCAAGGGAAUUCCUCUAAGGAGUCUAGACUUCAUGGCAGCAAGGACUCGAAGAAAAAAUUCUCCUCAAAGUUGAGUGAUUCAAAUAAAUAUAGUCAAAGCGCAAGCACCACUUCAAAUAAUCAUCAUGAUGAAUUUGAUGAUUUUGAUCCCCGGGGAAUAUCCAAUUCUAAACCUGCGGCUGGAAGUUCUAAUCAAGUGGAUCUGUUUGGGCCUAGUUUGAUGGAUGACCUCUUUGAUGCACCAGCAUCAGUCCCUAUGGAAAAGUCUGCUAUGAAUACUGAUUCAGCAGAUGUUGAUCUAUUUGCUGAUGCGACUUUUGUGUCAGCACCAACCAAGGUGACUCACGAAUCAAAUCCUCAGGCACAAGUUGAUGUAUUUGCUUGCCAGCCUAUCAUUACUCCUGCAGCCUCUCCAACUGUUGACCUAUUUGCUGCCAGUGAUCCAGUUGUGCAACCAGACGUAAAGGGACAGGUUGAUUUAUUUGCUUCCCAGCCUGCCACUGCACCUGCAGCAUCUCCAACUGUUGACCUCUUUUCAACUGCUGACCCUGUUGUGCAACCAACCAUGGCAGCAAACAUUGAGCCAGUAAAUGCGAACAUUGUUGAUCCAUUUGCUGCUGUUCCACUGAACAAUUUGGAUGGAUCUGACAUUUUUGGUUCAUUCACGAUUCAUUCUGAUUCAGCUUCGAAAGAACAAAAACAUGAUGGAAACCUAAAUAACAUGAGCACAAAGUCUUCACAAGACUCUAAAGAUUCUCAAAAGAAGGAUGGUUUUCAGGUUAAGUCUGGAAUUUGGGCUGAUUCACUAAGCCGUGGAAUAAUUGAUCUUAAUAUAUCUGCUCCCAAGAAGGUUUCACUGGCCGAUGUAGGAAUAGUCGGCGGAUUGAAUGAUGUAGAUGAAAGAGAGAAAGGACCUCCAACUUCGUUUUAUAUGGGGAGAGCAAUGGGGAGUGGCUCUGGUCUUGGUAAAACUGGGUUCAGUUCUACUACCGUACCAGCAGGGGAAGAUGAUCUGUUCUCAAACCUUGGCAGCCACCAACAGUAUCAAUUUAGGAGCUUUAAGUAAUUUUUGUUACUAUCCCCUUGGCAUUCAUUAUCGUAUUUGGGACUGAUCCAACAUGUGCAUUUUGGUAUGUUAGUGUUUUUUUAUCGUUACACUCCCCACGAAUUCUGCCGUUCCAGUUGAAACAUAUACAUGUUAAGUUGUUGAGGUUCGAUUCAAACCAAGUUGGACCAUAUUUUUGGGUGAUCGCACACUACCUUGAGAUUAAUUUACGUUUGCCUGAAUCAAGUUGUAUAGUCAGCGUACCCGAGGAUCAUCCGAAUGCGUGUCAGCCUAUUGAACUUACGAUUUAUGAUACCGUUUCUCUAUAUUAAAAGCAUGUACUGUACUCGUGUGAAUAAAUAUUAUUCUUAGUUUGACCC